AGUAUUCUCCUUUGUAUUGGAGUAUAAAAAGGACCAAAAAAACAAUACAAAUGGCAAACCUUAUUAGACAAAUUUUAACACUUCCAAGUUCCAACCCCCCACUUCUUCUCUCAUCAGUCCCACCACACUUCCAUUUCUCUCUCCUAAUUUUUUGUCUUCAAUAUUCUUCUUUAUUUCACUUUCAUUCUCUCUUAGAAAAAAAAAGAAGCCUUUUUUAAUUUGAAGCUUGAUUUUGAGCUCAUAACUUUCAUCUCUAGUCAUGGCUGUUUUAGUGUUCUUUGCACUUUUUCUAAGCCUCACUACUUAUUCAAGUGGAACAUACUGCAUCUGUAAAGAAGGAGCGCAAGAUCCAACAGCAUACCAGAGGGUAAUAGAUUAUGCAUGUGGAGCAGGAGCAGAUUGUAAAGCAAUACAACCAGGUGGAGCUUGUUAUGUACAAAAUAAUCCAAAGGCUGUUUGUGAUUAUGCUGUUAAUAGUUAUUUCCAGAAUAAGGGUCAAGUUCAGGAUUCCUGUGUUUUUUCUGGUGCUGCCACCCCUUCUAACAACCUCCCUUCCACUGUGCCAUCUGGAUGCACAUUUCCUACUAGUGGAGGCUCGGUUUCUUCUGGUGGUAUUGGCGGUAUCCCAUCCUCAACUCCAGGAGGCAUAUCCACUGGAACCGGAGGAUCAACAACUGGAUUGAAUAGCCCCCCUGGUGGAAUAUUUAGCCCUGGUCUUGGCCCCACUGGUGGCAUGCCCGACUAUAACUCAAAUAAUGGUAGUCCGUCUACGUUCCAACACAUCCAAGGCACCCUUUUCUCGCUUACACUGAUCCUUAUUUCAGGCUUGUUGGUCUUCCAUGCCUAGUAAAACUUUGCGACUUAGAUCAAUGGACGAGAUUUUGGUGCAAUUGUAAGUUUUUAAGUAGGGAAUCAUCAAAAAGGGACAAUUCGUAACCCAUUUCGUUAUCUUUGGAAAAUAUUCCUCUUUUUUUAGCUUGUUUGUGGUGUGAAAAGUUAGGGUUUGUGGGCAUUGAUUCUAUUUUGAGCGGUGGGUAAUGCUAGGAGAAUUUGAUAUUCGGGAUGAACUAACAUCAUCAUCUUCUCCUAAUGCCUUUUUUUUAGCCUUUUUGUAAUCGGAAUCUAUUUUCAAAAACAUGUAAAUCUAUGCUUAGCUAGCCUAGAGACUUUAGAUGUAGUAGUACUAUUUUGUUUAAUAUUAUAAUCUAAUGAGAAAAUCAUAUCUUAUCUAAAAUAUUUGCUUGA